AUGUACUCCGCGCCAGACCUCGACCGACCAGCGAAGAGACCGCGCCUGUCAUAUACCCCUGACGAUUCAGAGGAAGUUCCAGAAGAAUUCGAUCUUCCGGCUGCGCGCGCGCAAAAUGACUCACGACUCAAAUCUUUAUUCGAGGGUAUCUUCGCCAAAUACAGCCAGGACUUUACCGACGUCGGCGAUGAGAUCGACCUGCAGAGCGGGAAGCUUGUGGUAGACAAUGGACAUCUGUUGAGCAUGCAGGGAGAGAGUGACACAGGCGGCCAAUCUACGUGGACUCAGGCUGGCCACGAGUCGGAUGAUGCUCCAGACGCUGAAGGCGAGGGAGAUGAAGACCAAUACGCAGUCUCUCACAGCGGUGAUUUGCCGGACGAUCGAUACGAAACGACUACGAAUUCGGGCAUAGAAGAGACCGCAGACUCAGACUUUGUAUUUACCUUCACAGCGUCCGGGGCUACAGGACUCAGUCCAAUGACGAAGAGCGAAAAAGGCACCCAGUUGAACACAACACCAAAGCCUCAGGAUCCCGUCCGGCAGGUCCCUGAUUUGCCACAAACAUACGCAACACCCACCACCGGCCCUAGCGGCCGAAAAGUCAAUAUUGCCCUCACCCCACAGAUCAGAUCUGCUCGGUCUCCAUCGCCGCCUGGGAGUGGCUCGAUCUGGGCCAUUGCCAAACGCGGCAGGCCACGAACCGAGGGGAAACCCAAGGCGACGCCAAGUCAGCGCCAGCCACGUGGAAAGCGAAAAUACCACUCAAGCCCACUGACAUCUGACUGGUCUUUUGCAAAGAUACCAGAUGGUGAUGAGUCCGAUGAUCCUUUGCAGGAGAAGGAUUGGGCGUCACCUUCACCAUCCAAAAUGAGGAACAUCCGCGGGAAACGCGUGCAGGUGCCGGAGAAACGAGGCGACCGUUCAUCUUCUGAGCAUGCUCCUUCACAGCCAGAUUGUAUAGACGAAACCGACGGUGGGGAGGGACACAACGAGGGCCAAUCGCCACAAACAAGUACCCAAAAGGAGGGGACAUUGGAUACUGUUUUACAAAACAACGACCCAAUUUUCAACCCCACAGCUGCAUCAGUGCACUCCGUUCAAGAUACACCAAGCAAAAGGCGACACAUUACGCCCGACGAAGCAAAGUUGAUCGUGUCAAUGAUGCACAAGGGCGGCAAGAAAGUGAAUGACGUGGUUCAAUGUCUUCCAAAUUGCACCAACCGGACUAUUUUAAAUUGGUACUACUACCAUUGGACUUGUCGUCUGGUAAAUCCGCCUCACCUUUCGGGCCCCUGGUCGCAGGGCGAGCUUGCAGCUUUAGGUCGUCUCAGCAGCCAAUCGGGUCUCUCUUGGGCUGAAAUCAGAGAUGAGUUUCACAACCGAUCUCUCAAUGAGAUUGAAUUCCAUAUGCUUCGUCUUUAUGUCGAUGGACCCGCUCAGGGAGACGUGGACGGACAAGAGCACGAGGGAGCCGAAGUGUUUACUUCGAUUGAGCAGCUUGGAGAUGGCGCAGCUGAAUGCCCCACAGUUGCAAAGGUACUAUCCGUGGCAACGGGAGAGCAGACUAUUAAAGAAGAGAGUGACGGAGUUCAAGCAUCUCAGCCAGUCGGAGAUCAUACGCAGGAUCUGAUAAAAGAGGAAAGUGAUGCAGAUGUUGAAGUCCCUCAUUCACAUACCGCAGAAGGGAUACCCAUGAAAGAUGAACGCAUGGAACAGAAUCCAGACGCAGAACAUGGAUCAUCUACUCCAGAGGCAGUACAGGACGCAAGAGAGGAAGAUGUCAAUGCUUCUGCAUCUCCCACUGCUUAA